AUGUCAGCCGCAUCGACACCAUCGUCUUCUCCAAAGAAAUCACCACUACAUAUUUCGCUCUCGCUAUUAGCUCUGCCUACAGUGCACCGCGAGUGCACAUCCAGUCCUUCGCGAUGGUCAGAUUGCACGCCCAAGACCUUUCAUGGGUUCAUAGCUAUGCGCACGUUCACACCCGUCGAGGAACUUCGCGACUGCCGGAAUGAUGGUCAGACUGCGUCGAGUGGCGACUAUUUCUCAAUGCAAAAGCAUAGUCAGAUGCUUUCUCCUAACCCGACACCAUAUGAAGCGCAUGGCUACUUACCACUUUGUUCUGUUGCGGCGGUUGCGGGGAACGCAGUCGACUACUUUGUUAACAGAAAUGAUGCAUCAACGGAGUCUGCGGGUCUAGUCGAAAGUACGGAUUCCUACAUUUUAGAGAUUGUAGAUGACGGCGAAAACAAGAGCAUUCAGACACAACAGCUCGAGGGCUAUGUUCAUACGAGCCAUCUUCCGCUCAGUGAGCCUUGUUAUCAGACAAAACUCCUAAUUGAAGAACGUGGUGUUGUGUCUGGGCCGGAAGAAGACAUUGAAUUUGGGCUGCGCAGUAGUCAUGGCGGUGAACAGCACGAAGGAGAGUGCAACAUAUGCGAUAGUUCAUGUACUGGUCGCGCUAGUCUGGAAAUCGACGGAACCCAAUCAGAGAUUCCUAUAGAGAAAAUUGCCAUGCAGAGAAACCCGGUUCCGGUGCAGAACUGA